UAUGCUGUUACGUAACAUCAGGUGCUGAGGGGGAAGCGGAACUACUAGUUUACUACUAGUUUCUUCGGCGCAGCAGCUACGGGAUACUAUACCAACAGGUGACAGGAUGGACACCCAGAGGCAGGUUGUGGACAGGUUGCGGUCAGCGUUUCGUUCAGGCAUCACAAUACCGGAGCAGUUUCGUCAAACCCAGCUGACCAUGCUUAUGGCCAUGAUCCAAGAUAAUGAGGAACAGAUUUUAAAUGCACUGCACAAAGACCUCGCAAAGCCAAAAUUUGAGGCCAUUAUGUCGGAGAUUGAUAUUGCGAUCAAUGAGCUGCACUACGCCAUCGCUAACCUCACAAGCUGGAUGAAGCCAGAGUAUGCCGGCACAAACCUGGCCACAAAGCUUGAUGACUGUUCUGUGCGGAGGGAACCAUUAGGAGUUGUGUUGAUCAUUGGGGCGUGGAACUAUCCCCUGCAACUCCUUAUCUUACCUUUGAUUGGAGCCAUUGCUGCAGGAAACUGUGCGGUCAUCAAGCCUUCAGAGGUCAGCGCCGCCACAGACAGUCUGAUGGCAGAGCUCAUCCCCAAAUAUUUGUCUCAGGACUGUUAUGCGGUUGUUUCUGGAGGAGCAGAGGAGACCAAGGCACUUGUGCAGAAUCGCUUUGACCACAUCUUCUACACAGGUUCUCAGACUGUGGCCCGCAGCAUCCUGCGGGCAGCCUCAGACCACCUGACCCCCGUGACGUUGGAACUGGGCGGCAAGUGUCCGUGCUUGAUAUACGGCCAGGUGAACAUGGCCUCCGCCGCUCAGCGCUUGGUGUGGUCAAAGUAUUUUAACGCCGGCCAGAGCUGUGCGGCCCCGGACUAUGUGCUGUGCUCGCAGGCCACCCGGGACGCCCUGCUGCCUGCACUGCGCCAGACCCUGGAGGACUUCUACGGCAAGGACCCUCAGACCUGUCCUGACGUGUCCCGCAUUGUGUCACCCCGACACUGGACGCGACUGAUGGACCUGCUCGGCCGGUCCAGAGGCAAGGUUGUUGUGGGAGGAGAGGGAAACCAGGAGGACAAGUACAUAGCUCCCACAGUGGUGGUGGACGUGGCUGAAGACGACGCUCUGAUGGAGGAGGAGAUCUUCGGCCCCAUCCUGCCCAUCAUCACUGUCGAGUCCCUGCAGGAAGGCAUCGACUUUGUCAACCGCAAAGAGAAGCCGCUGGCCCUCUAUGUCUUCUCUGAAGAAUCCUCCAUAGUAAACGCUGUGCUGGAGAAGACCAGCAGCGGAGGAUUCUGCUCCAAUGACGGGAUCGUCCACAUGACCCUGCCAACCCUGCCCUUUGGGGGCGUAGGGGCCAGCGGUUGGGGCAGUUACCACGGCCGCUGGAGCUUCGAGACGUUCAGCCACCGGCGGGCCGUCAUGCUGCGCGGCUGGGCUUUGGAGAGACUCAACAGCCUGCGCUACCCACCUUACAGCGAACAGAAACUGAGCUGGCUGCGCUGGACCACCUCGGCCAAGUCCAGCUGCUCUCUCAUGUGAUGACAGGCAGUGUGUGUGCGUGUGCGUGCAACUGGAUGUAUGAAUGUGAAUGUUCAGGAAAUUCAACUGGAAAUGGGAUUAAUCAUUCUUUUUUUUUUUUUUUUUUAAAUCUGUGUUUGUGUAUAUUACUGGAUGUCUGUGCCCCACUUGACUCCUUCUAUCUGCUGAAGCAGACCUCUGUGACACUGUACUCCUCUUCCUGUCACCAUUGUAUUUGGAUCUUGUAUCUACAGUGCUUUUAGAACAUACGCUUAGCUUUUUAUUUAUUUGGGUUGGCACAACACAUGCUAUUUUAUUGGUAAAGCAAAUUAAACUGGCUCAGGUGUGUAGAAUGCACGCUUAUUUAUUAUCCUCUCGCACUCAGAUUUUGACAUGGUGAAACGUAAGUUACAGCGUUUGUUUUUUUUAAUAACUUUUGUCAUUGUAAGUCUUUUGUAUUGUUUUGGUUAAUUGGUUUAUUUUCUCUUGGUGUCUGCCGGGUUUGAAAUGUCUUGUCUGUGUUUUAAUACUGUUUUUCAUAAAAUUCACCCCCUGCAUAUUAUUAUAAUAAUAA